AUGUCUCUGCUUGAGAAUCUAUUGAAGGAAUACAUAACCCAGAAUUAUGCAUUAUUGAAGGGUCAAGUGUCAUCAAUCCAGAACUUAGAGAUGCAAGUAGGGAACAUUGCAAGGUAUGCAUUGUUUGAUCUUGGAGCAAGUAUUAACCUGAUGCCCCUUUCAAUCUUUAAGAAACUUGGAAUUGGUGAAGCUCAACCUACUUCUGUAAUGCUUCAACUUGCUGACAGGUCUAUCAUGUAUCAUGAAGGAAAGGUUGAAGAUGUCUUGCUAAAGGUUGACAAAUUUAUAUUUCUGACGGACUUCAUCAUCUUAGACUGUGAGGCUGAUCGGGAUGUUCCAAUCAUCCUCGGACGCACAUUCAUUGCUAUUGGAAAAGUUUUGAUAGACGUGUACAAAGGGGAAUUGACCAUGCGUGUGGACAACCAAGAAGAUAAAUUUGAUGUGUUGAAUGUAUUAAGAUUUCUAGAUGAUGCAAAGCAAUGUCAAUUUAUCGACUCAAUUGAACUGUUUGAAGAAGAGGAAAUGGACCAAGUUUGUGAGGUCCAUAUCUUGGGUGAAACUAUGAGAAGAUUUGCGCCGCUAAGUCUAAAUGAGCGGUAG